UUGACGUGUGCUUGGGUGACUAUUUCUUCCUCCACUGUUUGAAGAUCCCGGGCUAUUGUGAGGCCAACGGAUCAGCCCCCCACCCCUUCUUCUGGAGGACCAGUCCUCUAGGGCAUCAGAGGGACAAUGGAAGCCUUGGGGUUUCUGAAAUUGGAAGUGAAUGGCACCGUGGUGACAGUGGCCCUGUCUGUAGUUCUCUUGGCCCUCCUGAAAUGGUAUUCCACAUCAGCGUUCUCAAGGCUGGAGAAGCUAGGCAUCAGACACCCCAAGCCAUCUCCUUUUAUUGGAAACUUGCUUUUUUUCCGCCAGGGUUUUUGGGAAAGCCAAAUGGAGCUCAGGAAACGAUACGGACGUCUGUGUGGGUACUAUCUCGGUCGUCGGAUGUAUAUUGUUGUUUCUGAGCCAGACAUGAUGAAGCAGGUGUUGGUUGAGAAGUUCAGUAACUUUACCAACAGACUGGCAUCGGGUUUGGAGCCCAAACCAGUAGCUGACAGCAUCCUGUUUUUGCGUGACAAAAGAUGGGAAGAGGUCAGAGGCAUCCUGACUUCUGCUUUCAGUCCUGCAAAGUUGAUGGAGAUGACGCCCCUCAUCAGCCAAGCCUGUGACCUGCUCCUGGCUCAUUUGAAGCGCUGUGCAGAAUCCGGGAACGCAUUCGACAUCCAGAGGCACUACUGCUGCUACACCACAGACAUAGUGGCCAGCGUUGCCUUCGGCACCCAGGUGGACUCCCAGAAGUCUCCCAAGGACCCCUUCGUGAAGCACUGCAGGCGUUUCUUCACCUUCAGCAUCCCCAGGCCUCUCUUGGCUUUAAUCUUAUCCUUUCCAUCCAUAAUGGUCCCACUGGCCCGGAUUUUGCCCAAUAAGAACCGAGAUGAACUGAAUGGCUUUUUUAACAAACUCAUUAGGAAUGUGAUUGCCUCGCGGGACCAGCAAGCCGCAGAAGAGAGGCGGAGAGACUUCCUCCAAAUGGUGCUGGAUGCUCGAUGUUCCACAAACACUGUGGGCAUAGAGAACUUUGACAUUGUCAAAGAAGUCCUGACCUCUCCCAAGUGCACAGUGGAUCUUUCCCCAAGGCACCAGCCCAGAGCCCCGGCCCAGCCUCUGACUGAAGACGAGAUUGUGGGCCAGGCCUUCCUCUUCCUCAUCGCUGGCCAUGAGAUCAUCACCAGCGCGCUCUCCUUCGCCACCUACCUGCUGGCCACCCACCCCGACUGCCAGGAGAGGCUUCUGAAAGAGGUGGACCUUUACAAGGAGAGGCACCCGGACCCCGAGUACUGCAGCCUGCAGGAAGGCCUGCCCUAUCUGGACAUGGUAAUUGCAGAGACCCUGAGGAUGUACCCACCAGCUUUCAGGUACGUCCACAGCCCCCGCCCAUCCCCUCUGGGCCUCUUGAGCAUCACUCUUUGGGGUUGUCACUGGUCUUCAGUCUGCCGCCACCAGUGUUAUCACAAGUGCUCCUGGAGGGCGGGAUCUGAGUCCUGGGUUCGUUUGUAUCCCCAGGGCACCAGAAUAAUGUUUGGCCCAUUCUCCUGUGGUUUAACCACCUUCUCCAAGCAUCACAGCCUUUUGUACCAUAGCCUUCAUCCCCAACCCAAGCCAACCUCUGGGCCGCCUGACCUGUGA